AUGGUCGACUUCAACGCCUACUAUCUCUUGACCAUUAUCGUUAUCGCGUGCGGGUCAAUCCCCAAGGGUUAUGAUGAGGGAGGCUUCAGCGCCUCCACGGGCUUGACCUCAUUCAAGGAAGACUUUGGCCUCUUAUCGAGUCAAUGGGUAGGCAAUGAGUCUGGACUGGCUGACCGCAAGGCCAAUAUCUCAUCGUUUGGUGUUCUCGGCGCCGCCUUUGGCUCGAUAAUCGCUCUAGGUUUGAACGAUAGGCUCGGUCGGCUUCGGACAUGGCAGGUCUUCAUCGCCCUCUGGAUGACCGGCGCCUUGAUGCAGGUAUUCUCAUCCGGCAUCUUAGGAUUGAUGCUUUUCGCCCGCAUAUGGGGUGGGUUGGGUGCCGGCGGUCUCACCGUCGUGGCGCCGCUGUAUCUGUCUGAGAUUGCGCCCGCAAAGUCGCGCGGCAUGGUGGUCAGCAUAUACAUGGUCGUCUUGCUGUCGUUCCUAACCAUCGGUUUCUUCAUCAAUUACGCCGCCAACGCAACGCUAGCCGCGACCAGGAUGCAGUACCGCCUCGUCAUCGCCAUCCCUCUCAUCCCGGUGGGCCUGGCGUUCAUCGCUUCCUUCUUCCUCGCUGAUACCCCGCGCUGGCUGGCAUCGCGGGACCGGGGCGAUGAGGCGCUCGCCGUGCUUGCCAAGCUCCGCCACGCAGACCGGAGCGACCCGGCCCUCGACCUCGAGUAUGAGGAGAUCCACGAGCAGCUCCGCAACAAGCAACAGAUUCUCGCGGACACUUCCACCUGGGCCAUCUGCAAGGAGACCAUCACCAUUCCCACAUAUCGAACGCGUUUCCUCUUGGGGGCUGUGAUGCAGACUGUGGCGCAAUGGUCUGGCGGUAACGGCAUCACGUACUACAUCCCGGAGAUCUUCCGGUAUGCCGGCGUCGUCGGUGACAACACAUCUCUCAUCACGAGUGGUGCUUAUGGCGCUGUCAAGCUCGUUUUUACGAUGGUCUUCACCUGGGGUCUCGUCGAUGUCUUCGGGCGUCGGCGGUGCUUCAUCCUAGGUCUCUUCCUGCAGUGCAUCACCCACGUAUACAUGGCUGUGUACAUGGGCAUCUGGAUCGAUGGAACCAACAAGCCUGCCUCGGACGCCGCUAUCGCGUCCGUUUUCGUAUACGCCGUUGGCUGGUCCAUCGGGCUAUGCACCGUACAGUACCUCUAUGGCACAGAGAUCUACCCGACGCGCAUCCGUAACGUCUGCUACGCCACCAACAUGGCGCUGCACUGGUUCUUCCAGUUUGCCGUUGUGAGGGUAACGCCCAAUAUGUUUGUGAGUCUUGACGUCUGGGGCGCGUACGUCUUCUGGGCGUGCGUGUGCGCGGCAGGACUUGUACUCCUCGGUCUAUGGGCGCCUGAGACUAAGGGUAUUCCUAUGGAGCGGAUGGAAGAGCUUUUCAGCGGUCCAUGGUGGAUGGGCUGGAGGGCGAGUGUGGAUUUGGACUCGAGUGAGACGAAGCCCUUCGGGCGCGGAGAUUCAUCAGGGAAGGAUUCGAAAGAUUCGAAAGAGGGACCAUUUACUCACGAUCGAAAAACGGAUGUCUGA